CCCCCGCUCCGCCACACGCCGCUCCUCGACCCACCAUGUCCUACUCGGCCGGGUCCUACAAUGACGACGACGAUGUCUUCCUGACGUCGGACGCGUCCCCGCCUGCCUCCUCCUCGGACGGCGAGGACUUCACCCCGAGUGGGAGCUCCUCCUCCGAGGGCGAUGACAGCGGGUCCGAUUAUGAGGCCGGCCCGGCGGCCCGGCGGCGGAAGCCCGCCACGCCGGCCAGUCGACCGGCCGCCGCGCGCGCGGCGCCCUCCUCGGCCACGCGCUUCGGCGGCUUUUCCUCCUCCUCUGCCUCGCCCUCGCCCUCCGGGUCGCCGGCCUCCACGGCCAGUGUCACCUCGCCCCUGCAUCUGAACAAUUUGAGUGCCUUCGCCUACCGGCCUCCCGGGGCCUCGGGCGCCGGGUUCGGCGGGCCGCGCAGCGUCGCCCCGGCCAUGUCGGUGGCCGCGCCGGUGGCCGCUCCAGCCGCCUCGGCCACCGGCGGCGGCCGCAUCCGCGCCCGCGGCCGCUUGCAGCUGGACGGCGAUUUCGAUGAGGACGACCAGGAGAUCAUCGCCUCCGGUCGAGGGGGCAGUGGCCGGCGCUCGGCCGCCGCCGCCGUUGCCGCCGACCCGGACGACUUCCCCUGGGAGGACUUCGCCGACAACCGCCGGCGGAGCUCUCGCCGGGCCGCCACCGCCACCCGGGCCAUCCCCUCCGGGCGGAGCAUCUAUGCCGAUGACGGCGGCGCCGCCUUCGACGAUGAUGACAACUUCAUCGUCGACGAUGAUGACCCGGUGCAAUUUGCCUCGGACGACGAUGACGACGCCUUCCUCGAUGAUGGCGAGGACUCCGGCGAGGAGUACACCCUCAAGGGCCCGCGGCGCCGGGCCGCCGCCUCCAGCAGGCGAAAGUCCUCCUCGGCCGGGGCCGGGCGCAAACGCUCGGCCUCCGGGGGCACCUCCUCGCGCGGGUCCCGCCGGUCGCUGGCCGGCUCCCGCGGCGGCGACCAUGAUGACCUGAUCGAGCCGCAGCCCGAGUCCUAUGGCCGGGUGUCGCGCGUGCGCACCUCGCGCCUGUCCUCCACCCUCGGGUCCGAUGAAGAUGACGAGGGUCCCACCUGGUCCAACCGCAAGCGCAUUGCCGGUCUCUCCCGGCGGUCCAGCAGCCGCGCCGCCUCGGCCCCGGUGUACAGCUACGCCGAGGCCGACGACGACACCGACCUCAUGGAUGAGGACGAAAUCCAGGAGCGCCAGGCCGCCGCCGAGCAGCAGGCCUACUACGAGCCGGAGGAGGAGCCCGAGCCGGAGGAUGCCAUCGAUCGCGUGUGCGAUGUGCGCAAGACCGAGCGCGAUGGCAUCGAGGUCAACGAAUAUCUCAUCAAGUGGCAGGGGUUCUCGCACUUGCACAACACCUGGGAACUGGCGCAGGACAUGCUCGGCAGCCGCGAAGCCGCCAUGAGCCUCGGCCUGUCGGUCCUGCCGCGCACCGCCCGCGAGCAGGGCACCCCGGUCAAGGGCUACAAGCGCAUGGAGAACUACAUCCGCCGGCGCCAGGUGCAGGAGCGCUCGCUGGCCGCCCUGUCGGCCGAGGAGCUCGAGCAGGCUCGCAUUGACGAGGAGAUGGAGCGCCAUCUCCUGCGUGAGCACUGCCGCGUGGAGCGGGUUGUCAGCGUGCGCACCGAUGACCUCGGCGAGCCGGAGUACUUCUGCAAGUGGCGCGGCCUCCCCUAUGCCGAGUGCACCUGGGAGGCGGCGGCCCUGGUGGCCAAGGACUUCGCAGCCGAGAUCGCGGACUUCGAGCAGCGCUACCGGUCGCUACGCGUGCCGAGCCGGUCCCAAUCCAUCCGCAACCAGCGCAUGGAGUUCACCCCGAUCACCGAGCAGCCAAGCUACAUUGUUGGCGGUGAGCUCCGCGACUACCAGGUCAUGGGUCUGAACUUCCUGGCCUCUGCCUGGUCACGCAACACCAAUGUCAUCCUGGCCGAUGAGAUGGGUCUCGGCAAAACCUGCCAGACCAUCUGCAUGCUGUCCUACCUCUUCCAUUCGCGCAACAUCUACGGGCCCUUCCUGCUGGUGGUCCCUCUGUCGACAAUCGAUGCUUGGCAGAAUGAGCUCCGGCGCUGGGCUCCCGCCAUGAACGCCAUCCUCUACCUCGGCAACGCCAAGUCCCGCGAGGUCAUCCGCCAGUAUGAGUUCUACGAGGAGGGCAGCAAUGACCCUUCUGCUCCGCGGUUCAAUGUCCUGUUGACCACCUUCGACAUGGUCCUGCGCGACUUUGCCUACCUGUCCCCCAUCCGCUGGGCAUAUCUCGGCGUGGAUGAGGCCCAUCGGCUGAAGAACAGCGAGUCGCAGCUGUACGAGCACCUGAUCUCCCUGAAUACGGCCAACCGCCUGCUCAUCACCGGUACCCCGCUGCAGAAUGCCAUCCGCGAGCUGUGGGCCCUGCUGCAGUUCCUCCAGCCCACGAAGUUCACCUCCCUCGAGGAGUUCGAGGCCACUUACGGCCGCUUCGAAGAGGCGGACCAGCUGCGCGAGCUCCAUGAGACCCUCCGCCCGCACAUGCUCCGGCGCCUCAAGCGCCAGGUGCUCAAGUCCCUGCCAUCCAAGGUGGAACGUAUCCUCCGGGUGGAGAUGUCCCCCAAGCAGAAGCUCUUCUACGAGUGGAUCCUGGCCCGGAACUACACGGCCCUGGCCCAGGGCAACAAGGCAUCCCAAACCAGCCUGCAAAAUAUCCUCAUCGAGCUGAAGAAGCUCUGUAACCACCCGAACCUCACCAACCCGGAGGCCGCGCACGCCGAGGGCCAGGAGAUCCUGUCCUCCGGGGCGGCGGAUGCUCGCGAGCAGUACCUGAAGAAUAUGAUCACCUCCUGCGGCAAGAUGGUUCUCCUGGACAAGCUGCUGGUCCGGCUGCGCGAGGGCGGCCAUCGGGUCCUGAUUUUCUCGCAAAUGGUCCGCAUGCUGGACAUCAUCGAGGAGUACCUGCGCCUGAAGGGCUUCGGCUUCCAGCGCCUUGAUGGCGGGACGAGCUCCGAGCAGCGCAAGCAGGCCAUGGACCACUUCAAUGCCGAGGGCUCGGCGGACUUCUGCUUCCUGCUGUCCACUCGUGCCGGCGGUCUCGGUAUCAACUUGGCCACCGCCGACACGGUCAUCUUGUAUGACAGUGACUGGAACCCGCAGAACGAUUUGCAAGCCAUGGCCCGUGCCCAUCGUCUGGGCCAGAAGAAUGUGGUCAACAUUUAUCGCUUCGUGACCAAGAACACCGUCGAGGAGGAUAUCAUCGAGCGCGCCAAGCGCAAGAUGGUCCUGGACCACCUGGUCAUCCAGCGUCUUGAUGCCUCCGGCAACACGAUCCUCAGCAAGAGCGGCUCCGGGUCACAGCCCAACUUCACCAAGAGCGACAUCCAGCAGAUCCUCAAGUUCGGCGCACAGGAUCUCUUCAAGUCCCGGAAGAAGGACGGUGCCAACCCCGAUGACAUGCCCGAUUCCUCGAUGGAGGCCCAUCCGCCGCAGGAGGACAUCGAUCUCGAUGAUGUGCUUGCUCGUGCGGAGACGCGCGACGCAGAGGCCGCGGCCGAGGACGACUCCGGCGCCUCGGAGUUGCUGAACUCCUUCCAAGUGGCGGACUUCGAGUGGGACAGCAUCAUCCCGGAGGAGGACCGCCAGCGCGCGGCCCAGGAGGAGAAGGAGCGCCAGGUGCGCGAGUCGCUCGGGUACACCGGGGACAAUGCCGGCAACGCGGUCAUGGUGGACGGAGUGCUGGUGCUGCCGCCGCGGCGGCGGCGGCGCCGCCUGCCGGGCGGGGCCCUGCGCGAUCCCCAUGGCGUCGACGCCGGCGACUCCGACGAGGACUAUGAGGAUGACUAUUCCAGCGGCGUGUCCGGGUCAUCCUCCUCCCUGGGAGGUGGGUUCGGGCGCGGUGGCGCUGGCGCCCGCCGGACCGAGUCCAUCAUCACCGACCGCAACAUCCGCAAUGCCCACCGGGCUCUGCGCAAAUUCGGCUGGUCCAUGAUGACCUCCUCCUUCUCGGCCGAGUCGACCUACGGCGGGGAAGACAUGACCGGGGACACGGCCCGCGCGCAUGACGCCCAGUUUUUGGCCCUGGUCACGGAGGAGGCCAAUCUCGGCAAAUUCGACAACACCCAAAUUCGCGACCUCUUCGAGAUGAUUGUCUCGCGCUGUACCACGGCCCAGCUGGCCGGCGAGCGGGAGCGCGAGCUGGAGCGCGAGCGCCUCCUGGAGGCCGGGGCCCGGCCUCCCAAGCUGCCGGCCGCCGGGGCCGCCAUCCAGGUCGACAUUCACGGGGUCAGCCUCAAUGCCACGGACACGGUGGCGCGGAUCCGGGAUUUGGCCACCCUCCGGCAGCUGGUCCGUCGCCAUGCCAAUGACACGGACUUCCGCCUGAAGGGUCUGAUCACCACCUCCCGGCCAACUUGGGACCACCCUUGGACCGACAAGGAUGACAGCAUGCUCCUGGUGGGCGUCCUGCGCCAUGGGUAUGGCCACUGGGAGCCCAUCCGUCUGGAUCCGAGCUUGGGCCUGGCCAAGAAGAUCGUCGGCCGGGACCAAACGGCCGAGGCCGAGGCCGCCGGUCGGGCAGCCCCGACCCCGGGCUUCCGCCAUGUGAUGAAGCGCACGGACUACCUCUUCCGGCAGAUCCGCCGCCGGGAGGAUGAAAUGUCCAAUGGCGGCGGCGGGGCCGAUGUCGGGUCGCCAUCGGAGUUGUCUUCGGGCACGGCCUCCCCGGCGCCGACGGCCACGCGCUCCGGGCGCCAGAGCUCCCGCGCCGCGGCGGCCGCCGCGGCCGCCGCCUCCCGCGCGGCCAAGGCCGAUCCCCCGGGCCCCCAGCCGACCCUCAAGCUGAAGAUCAGCGGUAAGACCCUGUCUUCGGCGGCGGCCGCCGCCGCCGCGGCCGCGGCGACCGCGACCGCGACAACUAGCACGACGAUGACGCCGGCUGCCACGGCCGGCGGCGCGGGUGCUGGUGCCGCCAUGGGCGACGAUGGGCCCGCCGGCGGCGAGGAGGGCCACUUCGAUGGCGGCAAGUCCUCCGGCGGCUCCCCCGGUAGUGGGGCCAGCUCCUCCGCCGACGCCAUCGCCGAGGAUGCCGAGUGGAUCGCAUGUGAGCAGGCUCUCGGCGAUGUGCUCGGCCAUGUGGCGCAGAUCGCCAAUGCCCGGGACAUCGCCGACCAGGCCAAGGUCCUGGCCGUGGUGCGGACCGCCCUGCAGGCCAUCGGCGAGCGGGUGGACGAGGUGGAGUCCCGGCGCAAGCUGGGCCUGCGCCCGGUCCGCGGUGGGCAGACCUUCCCCCGGCGCGAGCAAAUGUGGGCCUUCGUGGCCCGGACCAUCGACCAGUCGGACUACGAUGCCGGCAUGCUGUCGUCACUGUAUGCCAAGCUGGCCAAGAAGCGCCCGGCCACGCCGCAGCGCUCGGCCGCUCGGCCAGUCGGCAUCGGGGCCGGGGCCGAUUCCCAGGCCUCGCAGCAUCAGCAGCAGCACCCGGUGUCCAUCGGCGGCGGGACCACCAACUCGCGCCAAACCCAAACCCGGCUGACGCUGACCCUGAAGACCGAUGGGUCGGGCGCGUCGCCGACCACCGCCGGCGGGCGCAAGCGCGACCUGGCCGAGCUGGGCGCCGAUGAUGCGCGCUUCUCCCCCAGUCGCAAGUCCCACCGGUCGCAGGGGCCUGCCUCCUCCUCCUCCUCCUCCUCCUCCUCCUCCGGCCGGCGCUCGGGCGCCAGCGGCGGCGGCGGCGGCAGCUCCUCGCGCCCUGGUGCCCGCGGCUCUUCAGAUGACCUGGACUAUGACCACCACCAUCGUGACCAUCGUGAUCGCGAUCGCGAUCGCGACCACCAGCACUACCGGCCAGGGUCGCGGUCCCCCUCGCCGGACGCGGCGCGCUACCACCGGGGCGACCGCGACCACCACCGUGACCACCACUACCGCGAGCACCGGGGCGAUCGCGACCACCAUCGCGACCAUGCCGGCCGCCGGUCGCCCCCGCCCUCCUCCCUGUCCUCCUCUCGCCGGGGGUCGCGCUCGGACGAUGACCUCUACUGA